GGAACACAUAAUAUUCGCAAAGUUUUUCGAGUGUGGACUUCUUUAAAUGGUAAACAACCGGACAUUGCCGCUGUUCCUUCGGUUACAAUCUUAAAAUUCAAAAAGUGUGAUGAUGGCUUACUUUACAUUGAAAAGCAAGAAGAUAAUUGGACCCUUGAGGGUCUUAUUAAAAGCGUUCCUUUAGUUAAUUGGUGGUAUGAUUGUGUAGUACGCGUUGUUGUUGGUGACCUCGUUGCCCGUGCCGGAUCUUUUCUUGCAACUGCAAACCAAGCAACUUCUAAUUUAGCUGACAAAGCUAAUCAAAUAAGAGAUAACAGUUCAUCAGCCAUCGCUCAAGGACAAACUACGGCGAAGGAGUACUUCAGUCCAACUAUUAAUAAAGUUCAAGAUAUUUUAAACGAUGGUUUAUCAAAGAGUCAAGACGUUGUUGACCAUGCUAAAAAUGCUAUUUGGAAUGCACAAAAAGGCGUCAAAGAUCAGAUCUCAAAAGUUACAGGUGGAUUACCUUAUUCCAACGGAAACAUUCAGCCUUCAACUCCUGAGAUGACUGCACAUUAA